UUCAUGGACACCGCGCACUAGGUCAAGCUAGAGCCGAUCCGUCCGCACAGCUGAUGUCCACGUGUGUGUGCGGAAAGACGCCGGCCGUACCGACGACACAUACCCCACGAACAACGUGCCGUUGUAAUGUGUGUAGUUAGUGCCAUUUAAUUCGAGCUGAGCAAUGGUCGAAGACGGGGAAGCCAACCUGGUCGGUCAGAGGUCGGAGGUGAUUUACGUACGCAAUCACAACGGCACGUUGCCGAAGACCGAGAAAGAGUUGCCGGGUGCCGAUGAUGAUUUGGCGCCGCCCGACGGCGGCAGCCGGGCCUGGCUGGUGAUGAUCGCAUCGUUCUUCUGCAACGGUAUCUUGUUCGGGGUGAUCAAUUCGUAUAGUGUUUUGUACGGGCCGUUUUCCGAAUCGCUGUCGCAAAAUAAUAUAACCAAUGUUGCGGGGAAAACAGCUUUGGUCGGUUCCCUGGCGAUGGGCACCACCUUCUUCGUAUCGCCUGUGUCAGGUGUUCUCACAGACUGUAUAGGUAUAAGAACGACCACGUUCCUGGGAGGCCUCAUCGCUUCCGGCGGCAUGUUUCUGUCAUCCUUUUGCGUGGGCGAUGUGACGGCUCUAUGUGUUACUUACGGCGUGAUGUACGGACUGGGCGGCGCCCUGGCCUACACGCCAUCCCUAGCUGUGUUAGGUCACUACUUCAAAAAGUACUUGGGUCUGGUGAACGGUUUGGUGACUGCCGGCAGUUCGGUUUUCACGAUCGUGAUGCCCUACGUGAUAGAUGCCGCCAUUAAAUGGCUGGGCAUUGUCGGAACGCUGAGGAUCCUGGCGUUCCUGUCCGGUCUGAUCAUGCUGUCGGCGUUGUUGUUCAAACCAACGAAACGGACUAUUAAAGUUAAGAAGGUGGCCCUUUCCGAUAUCUUUAAUAUGGAGGUGCUGAGAAACUCGAAGUACAUUAUUUGGACGUCUGUGAUAGCUAUAUCUUUAUUCGGAUAUUUUAUACCCUAUGUAUAUAUCAAUAAGUUUGUUCAGAUCAAGUUUCCGACUUCCGACGGCAAGCUCCCGGUGAUUUGCAUCGGCAUUACUUCAGGGGUGGGGAGGUUGAUUUUUGGAUAUAUAGCAGAUCUUCCCAGAGUCAACAGGAUAUUCCUUCAGCAAAUAUCAUUCCUGAGCAUCGGAAUACUCACGAUCUUGUUGCCUUUCGCCAAUCAUUUCCUCUGGUUGUUGGCCAUAUCUUUAGGUAUGGGCCUUUUCGAUGGUUGCUUCAUAUCACUGUUAGGACCCAUUGCAUUUGAUAUAUGUGGUCGAGAUGGCGCCACUCAGGCCAUCGGGUUCCUUUUGGGUGUUUGUGCCAUUCCUCUAACGAUUGGUCCGUACAUAGCCGGCUGUAUGAUAGAGAACGAUAUUAGCUACACCACCAUAUUUAUCCUGGCCGGGAUACCACCAACCUUGGGAGCUAUAGCAAUGUUUUUGGUGAAAUGUGUCAAGACAACCGAGUCGAAACCUGGACAGCCGGUGAAUCAAGAUGUCCAAGAGAGUCUCAUUUUAGGGCCUCCGCAUCAUCCGCCAGAAGAAGGUCGAUUAUGAUUUUAGAUUAAUAUUAAUUUUAGUAGUUUUUUUGCUUUUUACUUAUUCUGCUAGCUAAUACCAGUUUAAAGUUAAAUCGGAAAGCUACUUUGCCAUAGACGGAAUAUAUUUGCAUAGAUUUACAUUAAUAUAACGUAUGGACGGUGUUGCUAGACAAGAAUGAUAUAAAAAACAGACUGUUUAAAGAUAAUUCAAAUCAAAAUGUCAAUAUUUAAUUUAAUACACCUAAGAGGUUUGUUAAAGCACACCGUUAAUACGAUUACAUGACUUUGACUUAAUUCUUUCUCGAAUUAUACCGUCUAUUGUGAAGACUCUUUUUAGUCGUUAUUGUUAGGAUAUUUUAUUUUGACAUUAAUUGUUGCAUUUAUUUUGAUAAUUUUAUACAUUAAUAUAUGUAUUGUCAAUUAUUUAUUCAUAAAGACAAUAAAAUGUUAUGUAUCUGAAUUAUGUAAUGUUAUAGGUUUUUUUUAAAUUAUUGAAUCUAGAUCUAAGCGUUAUUUAAAGCCCCGGCAUUAACAUAAUUUUUUUAGCCUUGUGGAAUCAUAAAUGCCUUUAUAUUUUUAAGUCACAUGGCAAAAAAAUUUAAACAUCAUGUCUGGGCUUUUGUUUUAUUGAGUAUGUCAGAGUUUUAUUCUGUAGUAGGAAACUUACAUAUCAAUGCAAAUGUAUAUUUAAGUAUGACUGUAUUAUUGUUAAUAAAACAAUUUUUAUGA